CGCAAGUCCUUUUGCUAGCCUCAUUAGCGCCGAAAACAUGAUGUCCGUUGCCGCUCGUUCGGGGGCUUUUUCCCCAUACUUGCAGGCUACUAAUUAUGCUGUGGCUGGACCCCUCAAAGCUCUCAUACCAGGGGUUGUUAUGAAGAGCGAUAAGGUUUUACUAGAUAUUAAGAAAUCAUUCCUUACUCGGGAGUCUAUGAACGGCCAAUGUCCCAAGACAGGGCCCGCAGUCUCCGUCGGUCUAAAUGCUCGUGCCGGAGUGAGAUUUGCUCACACAGACAUCAAGGUACCAGAUUUCUCAGAUUACCGGCGCCCUGAGGUGAUGGACCCUAAGAAGUCGUCGCAGGAAAGCAGUGAGGCAAGACGGACAUUCUCCUACCUGAUCACGGGCUCCACAGCCGUGAUUGGUGUCUACACAGCCAAGACGGUCGUCACGCAGUUCAUCUCUUCCAUGAGUGCUUCAGCCGACGUUCUGGCCUUGUCCAAGAUCGAGAUCAAGCUAUCUGACAUCCCUGAAGGGAAGAACAUGACCUUCAAGUGGAGAGGCAAACCCCUGUUUGUUCGUCACCGCACAGAAAAGGAGAUUGCCGCUGAAGCCACUGUAGACCUUUCAGAGCUUCGGGACCCACAGCAUGACAAAGACCGUGUGGUCAAUCCGUCUUGGGUUAUCGUCAUUGGUGUUUGCACCCAUCUCGGUUGUGUGCCUAUUGCCAAUGCUGGUGACUAUGGGGGAUACUACUGUCCAUGCCACGGUUCCCAUUAUGAUGCUUCCGGUCGCAUCAGGAAAGGUCCUGCCCCACUGAAUCUUGAGGUGCCCUAUUAUGAGUUCCCAGAUGAUGAGACAGUUAUUGUGGGUUAAAGGACUUUACUCUCCUCUCGCCCGAUCAUUGUGGUGUGUUUCAUUUUCGCUUGUCUGAUCUGCUCUCCAUCCUCUGUCAAGCAAUAAUUACCUGGGGGUAGUGUAUAAUGGAUGUUAAAUGGUUGAUUGUAAGUAAUAAAUAACAUGUUUUAUCUGUUGGGAAGCCUCUGUUGAAGUUAUUUAUUUUUUCCAUCUCAGCUCACUCUGAUUUGUCUGCAGAAUCCCCCGUGAGUUACAUUUGAUUGGGUUUUUAAUCAGUUCUUUUUGUUUUGUUUUAAUCUAACUAAAUGGUGAAAUCAGCACUAAGCUUGAAGGGUCAAUCAGUAGAGUAAGAAAGCGGUGCGUACAAUAUCAGCUUUACUUUUUGCAAGGGUGAAACAGCUCAAGUACCUGGAGCGUGUGUUUUGUCAGGAAUGAAAGCUGCGGAUGACAAUUCAGAUGGAAUUUGAUGUUAUGAUGUAAACCGUAACAAUGCAAAAGGAUGAUGUAAUGGUCUCACAGCAUUUUCAGUUGCAAGUGAUCAUAAGGAACCAAACCAUACUUAGCAGAAUGUUAUGUAGAGUGCAGUGGGAUAGCUUGCUGUCAAUCUAGAUCAACCUCUUAACGUUAUGGGCAGUAAUCUAAAGUGAAAUAUAAUGAGUUGGAAAGGAAUUUGUGGACAUUGAAAACAGUAGGAGAUAUGAGACUCGUCAUCCAUCACUGGAAAAGUAAAACCACAUACAUGCUCUGUUAUUAUGAUGUCCAUAUGUAUACAAAGACCUUUAAAAUGUGGCGAAACAUGUAGACCUGUAUCUGCUCAAUAAAAGUUUUCACAGAUAA